ACACUACUUUGACACGGAAGUAAAAGCCUUCGUGGAAAUGAAUUUCCGGUUUAUUACAUCUUAGAAGAAAUGGCGGACAUGGAUGAGCUUUUCGGGAGUGAUGGAGACAGUGACAAUGAUCAAAGAGAAUCUGGCUCGGGUUCAGAUUCUGAGCAGGAGAGACCUCGAUCAGCUAGUAACGCCUCAGGCAGCGAGAGGGAGCGGGACGAUGAGGACGACGAUGAUGGACAGGACACAGGGAAGCCCAGUAUGAAUAAGGAGCUGUUUGGUGACGACAGUGAAGAUGAGCAACGCAGUCAGCACAGUGGCAGUGACAACCAGUCCGAACGAUCCGGGAACCAGUCAGAUGCCAGCAUGCACUCAGAUCAGGGGGAAAACGAUCAUUCGGACGCAGAGCAGCACAGUGGAUCAGAGCGAGAUCAGCGGGAUGACGAUGAAGAUGAGGAGGAUGUAGGCAACAGGUCAGAGGGAGGAAGCCCAGCAAGCAGUGGAGCGUCUGGAGCAGGAAGCCCUCGAUCUGAGAGGGGCAGUGCUCAUUCAGACAGAAGUUUGCACAGUGAUCCUGGGACUCCCCAGUCUGGACCAGGCACCCCUCAUGCUAAUGGGGAAGCUUCUGGAAGGGAGAACCAAUCAGACGAUGAGAAGUGGGGAGGAGGUGCUAAAAGCGACCAGUCAGAGGAUGAGGAGGAGAAGCGUCAUUAUUCUGAUGAAGACAGGGAGAACUCUGAUGACGAGGGGCUGAGGAGCAGGAAAUCCGACUUUGCAAAGGGCAGCGACAGUGAAGAUGACUUCAUCAGACAGAAAACCAAAGCGAAAGCCGCCUCUGAUUCAGAUUCAGACAGUGAUGGAGAAACAAAUAAAACAAAGAAAACCGCAGCAGACGAUCUGUUUGGAGAAGCUGACGACAUCUCUUCAGACAGCGAUGCUGAAAAGCCGCCAACCCCAGGACAACCUCUGGACGGAGAGGAUGGGAUGGAGGGGGAGCAGGCAGAAGAGGAGCCUGCGCCGGAAACUCGUAUAGAAGUAGAAAUCCCAAAAGUUAGCACAGACCUGGGAUCAGACCUGUACUUUGUCAAAUUGCCCAACUUCCUGUCUGUAGAGCCCAGACCCUUUGAUCCUCAGUACUAUGAGGAUGAAUUUGAGGAUGAAGAAAUGCUGGAUGAGGAGGGACGAACCAGGCUCAAACUCAAGGUGGAAAACACAAUCAGAUGGAGAGUCAAGAGAGACGAGGAGGGGAAUGAAAUGCGGGAGAGCAACGCACGUAUUGUCAAAUGGUCUGAUGGCAGCAUGUCCCUCCACCUGGGGAACGAAGUAUUCGACGUUUACAAAGCUCCUCUCCAGGGAGACCACAACCACCUGUUUAUCCGGCAGGGUACUGGACUGCAGGGGCAGGCUGUGUUCAAAACCAAACUCACAUUCAGGCCUCACUCCACAGACAGCGCCACCCACAGGAAGAUGACCCUGUCUCUGGCCGAUCGCUGCUCGAAGACACAGAAGAUCAGAAUCCUUCCCAUGGCUGGAAGAGAUCCUGAGUCUCAGCGCAACGAAAUGAUCAAAAAAGAGGAGGAGCGGCUGCGAGCAUCGAUUCGCAGAGAGUCCCAGCAGAGGAGAAUGAGGGAGAAGCAGCACCUGAGGGGCUUGAGCAGCAGCUACCUGGAGCCAGACCGCUAUGAUGAUGAAGAGGAGGGCGAGGAGGCGAUCAGCCUGGCAGCCAUCAAGAGCAAAUACAAGGGAGGAGGAGGCCUGAGAGAGGAGCGAGCAAGAAUCUACUCCUCCAGCGAUGAAGGCUCUGAUGAUGAUAAAGCCCAGAGGCUGAUGAAGGCCAAGAAGUUGGACAGUGAUGAGGAGGGUGAGGGAUCAGUCAAGAGGAAGGCGGAAGACGAUGAAGAGACAGCCACUAAAAAGGCCAAGAAGUAUGUCAUCAGUGAUGAAGAGGAUGAGGAAGAGGAUGAUGAAUAGUGUACUAUUUUUGACAUUUUCAUUCCCACUGUAAUAUCAGUGUUCAGCCCACAUGGCCUAUAAAUGGCCACAAUUUGUUUUUGUAAAUUUUCUUACUACCUGUGUGUGGGUGAGUGUGUGAGAUUGUGUGUUUGUUUGUUUAUAAUGUGUACAGCAGAGGUGAGAAAUAAACCCUUGGGUUAUGUAACUAGAACCUUCCAGGGACCUUGUUUUUUAUAUUCUUAAUGAAUCAUGCAGCUGUUGUGAGAAUAUGAACCAUUAUGUUUAGUUCAGGUUCCAAACGAAACACUUAUUAGUUGAGUGCUGUUGGUUGAUGAAAAUUAAAUUGGGUUAAUAACAGAA